AUUGUCUCGGCUCUGGUUCGAAAUGUCUCUAGGCCAAGAAAAUGUCGAUCCUGUUGAAGUUUCUGGGUCGCAUGCUUGCUUAUAUGAACUUUUAUGUUCAGAGACACCCAAAUGGACUCCUCUUAAGGAUUUGCAAACAUCUUCUUCUGAUCCCAGAGAUCGGUUGGAGAAGUUGCUGAAGCAACCUGGGAAUAAAUAUUGUGCUGACUGUGGCUCUCCUGAACCAAAAUGGGUAUCGUUGAGUCUCGGUGUAUUUAUCUGCAUUAAGUGUUCUGGUGUACACAGAAGUCUUGGAGUUCAUAUAUCAAAGGUUCUAUCAGUAAAGCUAGACGAGUGGACAGAUGAUCAAGUUGACAUGCUUGUAGGUUACGGUGGAAACACGGCAGUGAACCAGAGAUUCGAAGCGUGCAACAUCGACCAGUCAAAGAAACCAAAACCAGAUUCUACUAAUGAGGAACGCAAUGAUUUCAUCAGAAAAAAAUAUGAGCAGCACCAGUUUAUGGAUCCAAAGGAUGGUGCUUUGUGCCCUUAUCAGCAGCCUAGCAGAACAAAUACUUCACCACCGUCUUUAUGUUCUGCAAGCCACCGUUCUACGAAAAACCGUAUUGGUCAUGCAUUUAGGAAUAGCUGGGGAAGAAGAGAAUCUGAUCACAAAGGACCAAAAAAGAGCAAUUCCAUGGCAGGUAUGGUUGAGUUCGUGGGGUUGAUUAAGGUUAACGUGGUAAAAGGAACCAACCUUGCAGUUCGAGACGUGAUGACCAGCGAUCCUUAUGUUAUUCUUGCUCUUGGCCAGCAAUCGGUAAAAACACGGGUGAUAAAGAACAACUUGAAUCCGGUGUGGAAUGAGACGCUAAUGCUUUCGAUACCCGAGCCUAUGCCUCCUCUCAAAGUGCUAGUGUACGACAAGGAUACAUUCUCGACAGAUGAUUUCAUGGGAGAGGCAGAGAUAGACAUACAACCAUUGGUGAGUGCAGCAAAAGCAUACGAGACAUCGAGCAUAAAGGAACCGAUGCAGCUGGGAAGUUGGGUGGCGAGCAAAGAGAACACAUUGGUGAGUGAUGGCAUAAUAUCACUUGAAGAAGGGAAAGUGAAACAGGACAUAUCACUUAGGCUUCAAAAUGUUGAAAGAGCAACAACAUUAACCUACUUCAACCAAAUGGUCUCUUUGAUAUGGAACCUAGAGUCUCUUGACAUGGAACUAGAUAACCUUGAUUUGAAGGAUGCUCAAGACGAAGAAGAGAGAAAGGCUUGGUGCCAAAGAGUCAAGAGACCACAGAGACAGGCAGUGAAUCAAAGAAAGGAGAAAACAAUCUCCGGUUUGAGCUACGUCGACGAGAUCUAUCAUCAGGAUCUCAGAUUUGUUGUUACACUCUUGCUCAAGUCCGGCCACAUGAGUUCUCCGGGAACGAGUAUGUUCACCAAUUUCACUAGGCUCUGCAAAGGACUUGCUCUGGUACUUGUGGUGGGACACCUCGUGGUUCAGUUCAUUCCCGCUACCGUUCCAUACCUUGCUCUGAUUCCGGCGAGGACUAUUCCUUUUGCCUGGAAUCUGAUAACAAGUGGCUAUUUUGAACUCUCAGUUUAUGGGGUUGUCUUCAGCACCGUUUCUCUCCUCUUUAUGGGGAAGUUUCUGGAACCUGUCUGGGGUUCCAAGGAGUUCCUUAAGUUCAUCUUUGUGGUGAACUUCCUUACUUAUCUCUGUGUCUUCGUUACAGCCAUUGCCUUAUACUACAUAACGAGGCUGGAAAUUUACCUAUAUAUGCCCUUUGCUGGUUUUCAUGGUGUCUUGGCAGGCCUUCUUGUCGGGAUAAAGCAGAUAAUACCUGACCAGGAGAUAUUGCUGUUAAAGAUAAAAGCAAAGUGGUUGCCCUCAAUUAUGCUAAUUUUGUCAAUAGCCUCAAGCUUCUUCACACUAGAUUCAGCAGCAUAUCUUCCCACUUUGAUAUUUGGUACAUAUAUGGGCUGGUUAUACCUCAGGUACCUACAGAGGAGACCAGAAACAAAGCUCAGAGGGGAUCCAAGUGAUGACUUUGCCUUCUCUACUUUCUUUCCUGACUUUCUCAGGCCCGUAAUUGACCCUGUUGCCUUAAUCUUUCACCGGAUGCUUUGUGGACGAUCAAAUGCCACCAGUGAAGACCAUGGUUAUUCAACCAGCGGUGCACCAUUGCCAGGUUCUGAUUCUGCUGAAGCAUCCAGGAGGAGAGAAAGAGGGGCAAGAGCUCUAGAGGAGAGACUAGGAACGGAAAGAUUGGUUCCUGCAAGGAACAAAGAUGAAUUGCAGAGUGAUGCUUUGGAUAGCGUAUAAGUGGAGAUUGCAAUAAGCAUUUUGAAGAAGCUGUUGUGGGUUCUUACUUGUGUUCAUGUGGACAGAUUUUUUUUGUGUUAAUGAAAUUGGCUUUUCAUA